UUACAUGAGAAAUUGUAUGCAUACUUACUAGUCCGUUAUCACUCAGGGAACAAAAUGGCCGAUGCGCUCACCCACUUUAUAUAGAGCCUUAGUCAGUGAACCGGCUUCAUUUCAUAUUUUGUAACAAUGCGGAGGAUAGAAAAUUAACAAUGAAACCCACUAUCAGUCAUUAAUGAUACGAAGUUUGCGGAUCUUCGAAGUAGACUCUGAAACAGUCUUACAAGUUUCAAUAUAAUAUUUUAUAAAUUGCUGGAACAUGCGUAAAUGAACAGAUUACAACGAUGGUGUCGAAUUGCUCUCAUUAUGACAACUACGUCAAGACAAAUGGAUUAGAAUUCUAUGAACUUGUUGUGAGUAAUUUCAUCGGACCAAAAAGAAAAGUAAAACAGAUAUGCACAUGUUUCGAAUGCAAAUACACCGGAAUCCAUUUACACGCGUGUCUUCAUUGCAUAUUUUUUGGAUGUCAUUCUAAUCACAUGGAAGAACAUGUUAAACAUUCAGGCCAUUCUUUAGGCGUUCAACUGAAAUUCGGAUUCGUCAAAUGUUUCAAAUGUGAUUCUUACAUAUAUCACGAUGAUAUACUGGAUAAAGUUCAACGUAAUUUAAUGCCAAGUUUUAGUUUACACACUUUGAGAAUGAAGUUCCAAAAAUUAGUCGAUAUUAUGAAAGAGGCUCAAGAGCAUCCCGAUAGACAGUAUAUACACAGCUAUUGUACCGUUGGAUUACGAGGAUUAUUGAAUUUGGGCAAUACGUGUUUUAUGAAUUGUAUUAUACAAACAUUGAUGCAUACUCCGGUUCUUCGAGAUUACUUCUUUGCUGAGAAACAUAGCCUGUGCAGUUUCGAAGGUGGUUCAUCCAAGUGUUUGGUUUGCGAAGUGUAUACUUUAUAUCAAGAAUUUUAUUCGGGAAAAACUGAAACGUUAUUGUUACAUCGAUUAUUAGCAUUGAUAUGGAAAAAUGCCGAACAUCUGGCUGGUUAUGAGCAACAAGAUGCUCACGAAUUUUUCAUGACUAUGUUGAAUAUACUCCAUAAACAUUGCACAGCUAAUAGUGACCUAAAUUCAUCGACGUCAAAUAACGUCAAAUGCUCGUGUAUCGUUCACAAAGUAUUCGCAGGACUUCUCCAAUCCGAUGUUGUUUGUCAAUCUUGCAGGAGCGUUUCAACGAAAGUCGAACAAUUUACUGAAAUUUCUUUGAAUAUUAGCGGUGCACAUUUAGAUAGUUAUACGAGUAAUCCAGGAGAUUCUCAAAUUCCUAUUCUAUCGUUAGUUGAUUGUUUGGAACAAUUUACUAGAGCUGAACAUCUAGGAUCGACCGUUAAAAUAGAAUGCAGUAAAUGCAACAUUCAGCAGGAAUCAACCAAGCAGUUGACUGUUAAUAAAUUACCUAUUGUUAUAUGUUUCCAUCUAAAACGUUUUGAACAUUCCAAUCGAUUCCAUAAGAAAAUCUCAACACCUGUACAAUUCCCGGAAGAAUUGAACAUGGGUCCUUUCACCACCGAAUACAGAAACGCGGAAACAAAUCGAAAAACUAACGGCAUAUCCGUUUCGUAUAUUCCGAAUGGAAAAAACGAAAUAUCUAAAUAUAAUUUAUUUUCCGUUGUUAAUCAUCACGGUUCUAUUGAUGCUGGCCAUUACACUUCUUAUAUCCGUCUUCAUGAAGAUACCUGGUACCAAUGCAACGACGAAAUAAUCUCAAAAGCGAAUUUAUUAGAUGUAUUACAAAGUGAAGGGUACUUAUUAUUUUACCACAAGCAAAUGGUCGAUUACGCUUAAAGCUAAUUACUUAUGAUUUUUUUUAAAAAGUGAAUUUUUGUGAUGAUAAGGUAUA